GUGGAUCAAGUUGGUAGGAAGCGUGCGGUGCCGCAGCAAUGGCGGCGUUCACAAUUGCCGCGGGGACUGGCAAUUGGUUUUCGGCUUUGGCGCUCGGGGUGACUCUCCUCAAAUGCCUUCUCAUCCCCACCUAGUAAGGGACUCCCACGGCCAGGGGCUGGGGGGGGAGGCCCCGCGGUCGGUCAGGGCGGGAGAGAGAGGUGUGGAUAUCCCUAGUUAUAAAGAGAAGGAACUUAAGGUCGUGUUUGUCGGUACCCUGCUUUUGCUAAGCUUUCCGUUUCGUCGUUUGUUACUUGACUUAGCCUCAGCUGGCUAGGUUCAGACCUGGCGCUGUCGGAUUUGGAACAAGUCACUUUAAUGUUUCUGAACCUCAGGGUCCUUAUCCUUAAUAUGCAUUUAAGAACCUUUCGAACAGCCAUUCAGCCACUAUUAACAGGUGCCUGAGGUGCCAGGUACCCUUCUAACUCCCGAGAGGUGCGGUGGUGAGCAAGACAUUACUGGUCCUUGCUCUCGAAGUUGGUGGGUGGAACUAGACAAACAGGAACGUUUCAGAUUGUGAUAAAGGAAAUAGAGGGUUACUAAGUGGCUGGGCGCUACUCCUUUAGAAGGUGAUGUUUGAGUUGAAAUUCAAAAAAUGAAAAAAGAAUAAGUGAUGUGGAAAGCAGUUCAGGCAUAGUAAAGAGUAAGUUCAAUGGCCCUGUGGCAGGAAAGAAGUCAGAGCAUUCUAGGAACACAAAGUGCCUCUUGUGGCUGCAGAGCAUUGAAGAAGAGGAGUGGCACAGGAUGGGGUGCACAGGGGACAGAUAACACAGGGUUUCGAAGACCACAGUUAGACUGCUGUGUAAAAAAUGGAUGUAGGGCCAAGACUGAAAGCGUGGAAACCAAGAAGCAACCAUCAAAUGGUGGUGUGUAUACAGCAACUUCAGAGUGGACGUUGGAUUACCCCCCUUUCUUUGCAUGGUUUGAGUAUAUCCUGUCACAUGUCGCCAAAUAUUUUGAUCAAGAGAUGCUGAAUGUUCGUAAUUUGAAUUACUCCAGCUCAAGGACCUUACUUUUCCAGAGAUUUUCCGUCAUCUUUAUGGAUGUACUCUUUGUGUAUGCUGUCCAUGAGUGCUGUAAAUGCAUUGAUGGAAAAAAAGUGGGUAAAGAACUUACAGAAAAGCCAAAAUUUAUUCUAUCGGUAUUACUUCUGUGGAACUUCGGGUUAUUAAUUGUGGAUCAUAUUCAUUUUCAGUACAAUGGCUUUUUAUUUGGAUUAAUGCUACUCUCCAUUGCACGAUUAUUUCAGAAAAGGCAUAUGGAAGGAGCAUUUUUCUUUGCUGUUCUCCUACAUUUCAAGCACAUCUACCUCUAUGUAGCACCAGCUUAUGGUGUAUAUCUGCUGCGAUCCUACUGUUUCACUGCAAAUAAACCAGAUGGGUCUAUUCGAUGGAACAGCUUCAGCUUUGUUCGUGUUAUUUCCCUGGGACUGGUUGUUUUCCUAGUUUCUGCUCUUUCAUUGGGUCCUUUCCUAGCCUUGAAUCAGCUGCCUCAAGUCUUUUCCCGGCUCUUUCCUUUCAAGAGGGGCCUCUGUCAUGCAUACUGGGCUCCAAACUUCUGGGCUUUGUACAAUGCUUUGGACAAAGUGCUGUCUGUCAUCGGUUUGAAAUUGAAAUUUCUUGAUCCCAACAAUAUUCCCAAGGCCUCAAUGACAAGUGGUUUGGUUCAGCAGUUUCAACACACAGUCCUUCCCUCAGUGACUCCCUUGACAACCCUCAUCUGCACACUGAUUGCCAUAUUGCCCUCUAUUUUCUGUCUUUGGUUUAAACCCCAAGGGCCCAGAGGCUUUCUCCGAUGUCUAACUCUUUGUGCCUUGAGCUCCUUUAUGUUUGGUUGGCAUGUUCAUGAAAAAGCCAUACUUCUAGCAAUUCUCCCAAUGAGCCUUUUGUCUGUGCAAAAAGCAGGAGAUGCUUCGAUUUUUCUGAUUCUGACCACAACAGGACAUUAUUCCCUCUUUCCUCUGCUUUUCACUGCACCAGAACUUCCCAUUAAAAUCUUACUCAUGUUACUAUUCACCAUAUAUAGUAUUUCGUCACUGAAGACUUUAUUCAGAAAAGAAAAACCUCUUUUUAAUUGGAUGGAAACUUUCUACCUGCUCGGCCUGGGGCCUCUGGAAGUCUGCUGUGAAUUUGUAUUCCCUUUCACCUCCUGGAAGGUGAAGUACCCCUUCCUCCCUUUGUUACUAACCUCAGUGUAUUGUGCAGUAGGCAUCACAUAUGCUUGGUUCAAACUGUAUGUUUCAGUAUUGAUUGACCCUCCUGUUGGCAAGACAAAGAAACAAUGAAUAAAGGAACUGCUUGGA